AUGUUCAAGCCUUCACAGUUAAGACCUGUCAUGUUCAAGCCUUCACAGUUAAGACCUGUCAUGUUCAAGCCUUCACAGUUAAGACCUGUCAUGUUCAAGCCUUCACAGUUAAGACCUGUCAUGUUCAACCUUCACAUUUCCAUCUCUCUCUCUCUCUCUCUCUCGUUCAACCUUUCUCUCUCUCGUUCAACCUUUCUCUUUCAGUCUCUAUCCCUCUGUCUCUCGUUCAACCUUUCUCUUUCAGUCUCUAUCCCUCUGUCUCUCGUUCAACCUUUCUCUUUCAGUCUCUAUCCCUCUGUCUCUCGUUCAACGUUUCUCUUUCAGUCUCUAUCCCUCUGUCUCUCGUUCAACCUUUCUCUUUUAGUCUCCAUCCCCCUCUCUCUUGUUCAACCUUUCUCUUUCAGUCUCCCUUCCUCUCUUUGUCUCUCGUUCAACAUUUUUCUUUCAGUCACCCUCUCUCUCUCUCUCUCAUUCAACCUUCCUCCUUCAGUCUCACCUUUCUCUUUCACUCUCUCUCUUGUUCAAACUCUCUUUCACUAUCUUUCUCGUACUACCUCUAUUUCACUUUCUCCUUCAAACUCUCUUUUACUCUCUCUCUCUUGUUCAACCUCUCUUUCACUCUCUCUCAAUUAUCAUUUCUCUUUUUCAAUCUCUCUCUCUCUCUCUCUCUCAAUUAUCCCCUAUACAUCUCUUGUUCAACCUCUUUUCCUCACUCUCAAUUUCUUUCAACCUAUUUGUUCAACCCCUCUCUUACUCUUUCCAACCGCCAUUCCUCGACUACAAUCCACUCACUUUCUCUGUCUCUCUCUCUUGUUCAACCUUUCUCUUUCAGUCUCUGUCCCUCUCUCUCUCUCUUGUUCAACCUUUCUCUUUCAGUCUCCAUCCCUCUCUCUCUCUUGUUCAACCUUUCUCUUUCAGUCUCUCUCUCUCUCUCGCUCUUGUUUGUUCAACUUUUUCUUUCAGUCUCUGUCUCUCUCUCUUGUUCAACCUUUUCUUUCAGUCUCUGUCCCUCUCUUUUGUUCAACCUUUCUCUUUCAGUCUCUAUCCCUCUCUCUCUCUUGUUCAACCUUUCUCUUUCAGUCUCUGUCCCUCUCUCUCUUUUGUUCAACCUUUCUCUUUCAGUCUCUGUCCCUCUCUCUCUUUUGUUCAACCUUUCUCUUUUCAGUCUCUUUCAGUCUCUAUCCUCUCUCUCUCUCUUGUUCAACCUUUCUCUUUCAGUCUCUGUCCCUCUCUCUCUCUUUCUGUCCCCUCUCUCUUUUGUUCAACCUUUCUCUCAGUCUCUCUCUUGUUUCCUCUCUCUUUGUUCAACCUUUUUCUUUCAGUCUCUGUCCCUCUCUCUUUUUGUUCAAACUUUUUUUCAGUAUCAUUGAACCUUUCUUUCAGUCUCUGUCCUCUCUUUUGUUCAACCUUUAUCAAAAGUUUUGGGACUCUCUUCUCUCUUUUAAUCUUUCAGUCUCCAUCCCCUUCUCUCUUGUUAAACUAUUUUUCUAUCAUUGA